CAGCGCCUCGCCGCCGAUGGCUACAACCAGCAGGCCGAACGCUACCUGGAAUGGCUGCACGCCCACAAGCAUCCGCGACUGGAGAUGCUGCAGAGACUGUACCAUCACCUUUGCCUCAAUCCCGCUUCCGGUGAGGGUGAGGCGAAGCUUAGGGUACUUGAGUUAGGCUGUGGCGCUGGCGACCCCGUCACGCUCUCUCUCGCUUCUAACCCAGAUGUCAAGCACGUGGUGGCGAACGACAUUUCUACCACGCAGAUCGAGAUGCUGCGUACCCGCCUCGCGGAACUGGGUGCCGACGUGACGGCCAAAGUGGAUGUGGUCGAAAGCGAUAUGAUGGCCCUCGACUUACAACCAGAAAGCUUCGAUGCGGCGGUGGCGUUUUACAGUAUCAUUCACUUGCGACGUGAGGAUCAGACUGAACUUAUUGGGAGACUGCACCGUUGGCUCAAGGCGGGGAAGGGAGUGCUGUUGUUCUGUGUGCCUGUCCGGGCUACAGAGGGCGAAGUGGAAGAGGACUGGUUGGGAAUGAAGGCGUUUUGGAGUAGUUGGGGUGUGGACGGGAGUGUGCGGAUGGUGGAGGAGGUUGGUUUCGAGGUGGUG